GGCGCGCGAGCCGAACCGGGAGAGGCGGCUCCGCGGCCGCAGGCGCAGGCCCGGGCCGACUAGCAAGGCGCUGGGCGCGCCGGCCGCGGCAGCUCAGAGUCCCAACAUGCGCCGGUCGGUGUGGCUGGCGCUGGCCGCGUCGCUCUUGCACGUGUCCCUGCAAGGCGAGUUCCAGAGGAAGCUCUACAAGGAGCUGGUCAAGAACUACAACCCCUUGGAGAGGCCCGUGGCCAACGACUCGCAGCCGCUCACCGUCUACUUCUCCCUCAGCCUCCUGCAGAUCAUGGACGUGGAUGAGAAGAACCAAGUUCUAACUACCAACAUUUGGCUGCAAAUGUCUUGGACAGAUCACUAUUUACAAUGGAAUAUGUCAGAAUAUCCGGGCGUGAAGACUGUUCGUUUCCCAGAUGGCCUGAUUUGGAAGCCAGACAUUCUUCUCUAUAACAGUGCUGAUGAGCGAUUUGAUGCCACAUUCCACACCAACGUGUUAGUUAAUUCUUCUGGGCAUUGCCAGUAUCUCCCUCCAGGCAUAUUCAAGAGCUCCUGUUACAUUGAUGUGCGCUGGUUCCCCUUUGAUGUGCAGCAGUGCAAACUCAAGUUUGGGUCCUGGUCCUAUGGAGGGUGGUCCUUGGAUCUACAGAUGCAAGAGGCAGAUAUCAGCGGCUAUAUCCCAAAUGGAGAAUGGGACCUUGUGGGAAUCCCAGGCAAGCGGAGUGAGAAGUUCUAUGAGUGCUGCAAAGAGCCGUACCCAGACGUCACCUUCACAGUGACCAUUCGCCGCAGGACCCUCUACUAUGGCCUCAACCUGCUCAUCCCCUGUGUGCUCAUCUCUGCGCUGGCCCUCCUCGUCUUCUUGCUCCCUGCAGAUUCUGGGGAGAAAAUAUCUCUGGGGAUAACAGUUUUACUCUCUCUUACUGUCUUCAUGUUGCUGGUGGCUGAGAUCAUGCCUGCGACAUCUGACUCAGUGCCCUUGAUAGCCCAGUACUUUGCCAGCACCAUGAUCAUCGUGGGCCUCUCUGUGGUCGUGACAGUGAUUGUGCUGCAGUAUCACCACCACGACCCCGAUGGCGGCAAGAUGCCCAAGUGGACCAGAGUUAUCCUUCUGAACUGGUGCGCAUGGUUCCUGCGCAUGAAGAGGCCCGGGGAGGACAAGGUGCGGCCGGCCUGCCAGCACAAGCCGCGCCGCUGCAGCCUGGCCAGCGUGGAGAUGAGCGCGGUGGCAGGGCCACCGACCACCAACGGCAACCUGCUCUACAUCGGCUUCCGCGGCCUGGACGGUGUGCACUGCGCCCCCACCCCCGACUCGGGCGUCGUGUGUGGCCGCAUGGCCUGCUCCCCCACGCACGACGAGCAGCUCCUACAUGGCGGGCAGCCCCCCGAGGGGGAUCCCGACCUGGCCAAGAUCCUGGAGGAGGUCCGCUACAUUGCCAAUCGCUUCCGCUGCCAGGACGAGAGCGAGGCCAUCUGCAGCGAGUGGAAGUUUGCCGCCUGCGUGGUGGACCGCCUGUGUCUCAUGGCCUUCUCCGUCUUCACCAUCAUCUGCACCAUCGGCAUCCUGAUGUCCGCCCCAAACUUCGUGGAGGCUGUGUCCAAAGACUUUGCUUAAUCUGGUUCUGGUCCCCAGCAUGUAGGAAAACGCACAGACAGGUGAUGUCAUUAGCUUGGGGAUAAUUUGGGGUGCUAAUCCCACAGCCACACUAAAUGUGAGGACACUGAUGUACCCGUAGCUGUCAGUCACGUCGUUACAGUCUCCUUGUUCCUUUCAGUAAUAGGAUCUCAGCACGUUUUUGUUUCAUCCUCUCAGAGGGGCUCCUUGAUAUCCUUGGAACAUCCUUAGGGUCCCCAGAACCACUGAGAGGUCAUUUUGCCCAUUCCCCAGUGCCUGGUGAGCCCUUUAGAGAGGUCAGAGUGGCUCAGGACUGCCAAGGGAAGCCUGUACACCUGGUUUGCAUGCCUGCAUGUCACUUGCCAAGAAGGCCUACCUGAAAAUUCAACAUAUGCUUUUGCCUGUUUACAAACCUAGAUUGAAAAUAAUAAUAAUAA